AUGUCGCCAUCAUUACCAUAUGCUGCGGACGUCGAGUCGCCGUUGAAGCCAGACGAGCUUCAGGUCUUGCGCGCGCAAUACGAAAAAGAAGGCGAAUAUGUUGGACUACAGACAAAAUUCAACUACGCAUGGGGGUUGAUAAAAUCCACCUCGCGCCCCGACCAACAAGAAGGCGUGCGCCUCCUUUCCGAAAUCUUCCGCAAUAGUCGCGAACGGCGCCGCGAGUGUCUGUACUAUCUUGCCCUGGGCAACUACAAGCUCGGCAACUAUGCGGAGGCGCGGCGGUAUAACGAAUUGCUGUUGGAGCUGGAGCCGGCGAACCUACAGGCAGGCAGUCUGAAGGGCUUGAUUGACGACAAGGUGGCCAAGGAGGGCAUGGUGGGCGCGGCGAUUGUUGGGGGUGUCGUGGUUGCGGCGGGAGUCUUGGGCAGUCUGCUGUUGAGAGGGGCGGGCAAGAAGAACUAG